AUCCUUCGUUAUAAAUACUUGAUCAUCAAAAAAAAAAAAAAGCAAAGAAACAAUGUUAGUUCAUUCAUCAACAAUGUUUAUGUUUGCCAUCCUAAAAUUACAACUAGCCUUUUUAAUAUUCAAUCAUCCCGUAAUCCUUGUAAUUGAAUCAAGGACUUUAAGCCUCGAUUCAGACAAGGAUGCCUUAAUAAAUUUCCGAUCCCAAAUGAGCCUCGACCCAUCAAAUCCUUUAUCAACAUGGGAUAAAAACUCGUCUCCAUGCAAUUGGACAAGGGUUGUAUGUAACAAGUUUAAACAAAGAGUUAUUGCUCUUGACUUGUCAAGCUUACAACUUGUUGGUUCUAUAAGCUCUCAUAUAGGCAAUCUCUCAUUCCUACAAUCCUUACAACUUCAAAACAACCAAUUAUCUAACUCGAUACCAAAUGAAGUAUGUAAUCUACUUCGUUUGAAAGUUCUCAACCUGAGCACGAACAACUUACAAGGUUCGAUUCCAUCGAAUAUAAGUAAGUUGCGCGAGCUCAUGGUUAUGGACUUGACUAUGAAUAACAUUUCAGGGAGGAUUCCGAAAGAAGUUAGUUUCCUCCCAAGACUCAGAGUCCUAAACUUAGCUAGCAACAAACUUUCUGGCCCUAUUCCGCCAUCUCUAGGGAAUCUUACUUCGAUGAAAAUCUUAGAUUUAGGGACUAAUGCUCUUAGCGGCACAAUCCCUAGUGAGUUACACCAUCUUAGGAGCCUCGAACAUCUUGAUCUUAGUAUUAACAACCUUACCGGCACAGUCCCUACACCUAUCUAUAAUAUGUCAUCUUUAGUCUUCUUAGCCUUGGCUUCAAACCAAUUGUGGGGUGAACUUCCUUAUAAUGUUGGUGAAACCUUACCGAAUCUCAUUACUUUCUAUUUUUGCAUCAAUAAGUUCACCGGAAGAAUUCCUGGCUCGUUACAAAACCUUACGAAUAUCCAAGUGAUUCGUAUGGCUCACAAUCGCCUCACAGGAACUAUACCUCCGGGUUUAGGGAACCUUCCCUUCCUUAAGAUGUACAACAUUGGCUACAACAAUAUAGUCAAUCACUUAGGUGAGGAAAAUGGUCUUGACUUCAUAACUUCUUUAGCUAAUAGUACUCAACUCAACUUUCUCGCCUUCGAUGGAAAUCUUCUAGAAGGCUUCAUCCCUGACUCUAUAGGAAAUCUAUCGAAGGUACUCUCGAAGUUAUAUAUGGGGCAAAAUCAAAUCCAUGGUAGCAUACCGAGCUCAAUUGGUAAACUCAUUGGCUUAUCUUUGUUGAACAUAAGCAACAAUGAGAUUACUGGCUCAUUACCUAAUGAACUUAGUCAUUUACAAGAUUUGCAAGUCUUGGAUAUGGCUAUGAAUCAUAUUUCCGGGGUGAUUCCAGGAUCGAUGGGUGUUCUUACAAAGCUAACUAAACUCGAUGUAUCAGGAAACAAAUUGUCGGGUUCAAUUCCUAGCUCUUUUCGAGGUUUCAAUCUCGGUUACAUAGAUUUAUCAUCUAAUUUGCUUAAUGGCACCAUACCUAAAGAGAUUCUUACCCUCUCUGGUUUAAGCACACUAAAUUUGUCCAACAAUCAUUUUGAUGGGCAGUUACCAGAUGAACUUGAGCUACUAACUACAAUCAUUACCAUUGAUCUUUCGAACAAUCGAUUGUCGGGGAGGAUUCCUAACUCCAUUUCAAAUUGCAAGAACUUGGAGACUUUGAAUAUGGCUAGAAAUCUUUUCUCUGGUUCUAUUCCAAGUUCUUUGGAAAAUUUGUUAGCCCUUCAAGUUUUAAAUCUUUCUCAUAACCAAUUAUCUGGUUCCAUUCCUUCUAAUUUCACACUCUUGAAUGCUACUCAAUCUUUAGAUCUAUCCUUUAACAAUCUUGAAGGAGAACUUCCAUGUGGAGGGAUCUUUACAAACCUUUCUAAAGUCCAUUUACAAGGCAACCCAAAAAUUUCCUUGCACUUAGCAUGUGAGAAUGCACAAGUAGUUGAUCAUGAUCAUACUCGAAAAUUUAGCAAUAUCGAUAUUGUUAUUGUUUCGGUGGUAGUUUUCGUGACGUUCUUAGUAGUUGGCUCCUUCAUUUUCGUAAUCAGGAAGAAAAAGGCAAAGUUAAGUAGAACUGCAGACUCCAAGUUCGAAGGAUUUUACAUGGUUAAAUAUGAUGAACUUCGUCUUGCCACUCAAGGUUUUAGUGAGGAGCAUUUGAUAGGACGAGGAGGUUUUGGACAGGUUUUCAAAGGGUACUUAAAGGAUAACAUGGUUGUCGCGAUUAAGGUACUUGACAUGAAACUAAGCACUACUUGGAAGAGCUUUCUUGCAGAGUGUGAAGCUUUAAGGAAUGUAAGGCACCGGAAUCUUGUUAAGUUGAUAACUUCUUGUUCGAGUUUGGAUAACAAAAACAUGGAAUUUCUUGCUCUUGUUUAUGAGUUCCUUGGUAAUGGAAGCUUAGAAGAUUGGAUGAAGGGUAAGAGAAAGAAAGAAGAUGGAGAUGGUUUGAACUUAAUGGAAAGAUUGAGUGUGGUUAUUGAUGUUGCUUGUGCUUUAGAUUAUCUGCACCAUGAUAGUGAAGUCCCUGUGGUGCAUUGUGAUUUAAAACCUAGCAACAUUCUACUUGAUGAAGAUUUUACGGCGAAAAUCGGAGAUUUUGGGUUGGCUAAGUUGUUAAUGGAGAGAAUGGGUGAUCCAUAUUCCAUUAGUUCUUCCCAUGUUUUGAAGGGUGCUAUUGGGUAUAUGCCCCCAGAGUAUGGACUCGGAGUGAAGCCAUCAACAGCAGGAGAUACAUACAGCUUUGGAGUAACAUUAUUGGAGUUAUUUACAGGAAAAAGCCCUAGCCAUGAGAGUUUUACAGGAGAACAAGGUUUGAUUGCAUGGGUUCAAUCGUGUGUUCCGACUCAAAUGAUGGAGCAACUGUUAGAUCCUGAGCUGCGUACACAGUUACGCAAACAAGCAAACGAUGGUGAUUACGACCUUGAACAAAUUAAAACCCCUGAUGAACAUUUGGAAUGUUGUUUGGUGACAAUUUUUGAGGUAGGAUUAUCGUGCACUGCUGCUCAUCCUGAUAGGCGUAUUACCAUGACCAAGGCUCUAAACAAGCUUAAAGCUGUUAGAAACAAGCUAAUUAAAUAUUAGGCAUAUUCUAUCAAGUACUUUACGUUAUAAGGUUGAUUUGUAGCAUAUACUUUCUAUCAGAGUUAUAGUAUUAUGGAUGUCUUGUUGCCAUAGUAUAGUAGUAUGUAAGCUAGUUAAUAUAAGCAUUGUAAAAUAACAUAUGCGGAUGGUAUUAGACGUUUUUGCAAGUAUAAGUGAGUUUGUCGCAAGUUACUCGAACCAAUAUGGUGUUGUUUUAAAAGAUAUUGUAUGUAUGAUUACGCGCUUCAAAUCAAUUUAUCGAAA